CAUGUUGAUAUGUACUUCAAAGACCUCCAACAAUUGUGAAGGUGCCUGAAGGUGUUAACUGAAGGGAUUUCGAGAUAAGGCGCGGCAUUAAUUCAAAUUAAAUCGUUGUCUCGGAUCCGGUGUUUCUUCGAUUCGUGCCUGUCCGACGGGCCGAGGCCAACUCUUUCAACGACCGUGAGACCGCGCGAAAGGACAUAACCUAAAUUUCAUUCGGUUAAUCUGACUCGUGAUUCUUGUGUAGAGUAGGGUAGUCUGCCAACGUGGUUCACGAACAGCUAUCAAAAAUUUUCUCUUCUAAUUUGAAAAUUAAACCAGUCUACUUCACAUAUCAAUGUGAUCUCAUAGCGAUACUUAAAGCGGCUAUAGUUUAAGUUGAGUAUUAUUAAGUACAUAAAAGAAUGCAGAGAAACGGUGACGGUAAACAAGCCGGUACCGGCAGCUCUGACGGCAGGGGACAAACCGGUCAUCGCGGUCAUACUGAUCGGAUUUUCCAUGGGGGUGGACGAUCGUUCUCCAGGGGAGGUUAUUACGGCGGCGGCGGCGAUGGUUGGGGUCAUCGCGGAGGCGGUGGAUACCGUGGCUAUCGCGGUAGAGGUAGAGGCUACCGAGGCGGCAACCAAAACAGAAGAGGGAACAAAAGAAACCAGGGAAAUCUCGACAUCGAUGGCAAAAGACUGAAAAUGGAGGUAGGAAAUCGAUUGAAAGAAGUGGACAUUGGCGUCACUGAAUUCGUCGGAAAUCAUAACGGAUUCUCAGGUGUUGUAAAGGAGAGAUACGGAGACUUCCAUGUACACGAAAUAACUUUGAACGGUGAAAUAGCCAAACUCACAAACCAGACCAUACCUCCAGAACCAGAUCAACUGGAGAAUAUGGAAGAUCUGAAAAAGGAAAUUCCUCCAGAAGUUUGGAAACAAUUGGAAACACUGAUAGAAGCUGACAGUGUGGUUUUGUCUGUGGAAAUCAACGUCACUACUAUGAACAAAGACGAGCGCCGUGCUAUUCAUGCAAUUGCAAAGAAAAUACCAAAUACCAUUAGCCAAACCAUGGAAAAAGGGGAAACAAAAUUCAUCGUUGUCGCCAAGGUUAACAAGCAGAAACAAAGUGGGCGCAUGUUCCGCCGAGAUCAACGCGUGGAUUGGGCUCGCCGUGGUGGAAAUUAUUGUCAAUUUCUUCUCCACAAAGUGAACAUUGACACAAUGGACGCGUUAAACCAAAUGGGAAUGUAUUUAAGAUUGAAAUCCAACAUGUUUAACUAUGCCGGAACAAAGGAUCGUAGAGCCCGAACGACCCAAUGGGUUAGUUUGAAAAAAAUAAAUCCACUCGACAUUUUGGCAGCAGCGAAAUCAGUCCGAGGUGCUUACGUUGGUAACUUCAAAUUUUGUGACGAGCCCCUCAAACUCGGAAUGUUGAGUGGAAACCGGUUCAGCAUUGCAUUGAGAAGUGUUACUGGAUCUGAUGAGGAAAUUGACAAAGCUAUGACUUCGUUGCGUGACAAUGGGUUCAUUAAUUAUUACGGUCUUCAGAGGUUCGGAACAGUAGCUGCAAUUCCAACACAUGAAAUUGGAAAAGCGUUAUUGCAAGGCAAAUGGCAUGAAGCAAUUGAACUCAUAUUAAAACCGCGAGCUGGUGAACUGCAAAGGGAUCUUGUCGAAGCUAGAGAGAUAUAUCAAAAAUCUAAGGAUGCUCAUGCAGCAUUCAAACGAAUUAGCAGGCCUGAUAAAAUAGAAGCCAAACUCUUGUGGGGUCUUCACGUCUGUGGCGACAAAAAUCCUCAAGGAGCGUUAGACUGGAUUCCCAGGAACACAAGUUUAAUGUACAUUCAUGCCUAUCAGAGUUUUAUCUGGAACCUAAUGGUGUCUAGGAGGAUAAAAGAGUUGGGACCAAAACCUGUGGUUGGGGAUUUGGUGUACGAAAAUCGUAACUUUAAUGAAGAGACUGAUAGAUUAGACUUUAGUCAUCACCAUAACGAAGACGAGAGUGAAAAUGAUAAGAAGCAAAAUCCUGCCACGGACAAAAAUAGAGCUAAUAAAAGCGAUUUGACCGAAGUAGGCAAACCAGAAGAAGCAGCCGAAAAUAAAGAGGGACAUAAGGUUGAGGAUACUCAAAUUGAGGGAAAGGAUGCAAUGAAAAUUGAAAUAGAUGAAGUAAAUAUGGAAUUAGCUCCAGCUAUUGAUAAUGAGAAUAACGCGGAUGCUGCAAAAGAUACAGAAAAUGGGCAGGAAAGAGAGAGGAAGAGGGAAGCAGUCGAAAAUAAAGAGGAAAAUAAAGUCGAGGAUCCAGAAAUUGAGGCAAAGGAUUCAACGAAAAUUGAAGUAGAUGAAGUAAAUAUGGAAAUUGUUCCAGCUGUUGACAAUGAGAAUAACUUGGGUGUUGCAAAAGACACAGAGAAGGUGGAGGAAGUCAAGAAUGACUUGAACCAAGAUAAAAACACAGCUGAAGUAGACAAAGAAGAUCUGCGUAGUCUCCCAGCUGUUAAAAUUUUGACUGAGGAAGAUUUAUCUGAUUACACACUGGCUGAUAUUGUUAUGCCUCAACCUGGAUGGAGAGUGACUUACCCAACAUAUGCCAAACCAUGGUUUGAUGAAAUCCUUGCUAAGGAUGGUUUAACUACAGAUCUCAGACAAAAAAACAGAAAAUAUACAUUGGGUGGGGCAUACAGAAAGAUGUUGGAAAUUCCAUCUGAUAUCUCUUGGCGAAUCAUGCGGUACCAAGAAAGAUACGACGAUCUGAUUCUGUGCGAUAUUGAUGAAAUGCGAGGCCUACCAGCACCAAAGGAAAACCCAGAGGGCAGGUACAAGGCAUUAAUCGUUGAGAUGUCUCUCAGGCCGAGCACGUACGCGACGAUGGCAUUGCGUGAGAUUUUGAAAUGCGAUACAUCGUCGCAAACGCAGGCCGCCCAAUCUGCCGCAAACAAAGCAGAGGAAGACGAAAGAGAGAAAAAAGAAUCAACCAACGAAGAUGAACAGAAAUCUCCCGACGUUGAAGUGAAAGAAGACAAGGAAGCCAUUGACGAGGAUAACGGAACGAAAAUGGAAGUGGUGAUGGAGACUGAACCGAAAGAAGAAAAGAUGGACGUUGCUGACGACAAGGAAAACGAUGAUGAUAAAGAUACGAAGACAUUGACCAUGGAAACCGAUUGCAUUGAAAAUACGAUCAACAUCGAUAUCGAUUCUGUUAUAGCUAAGCCAUAAGCAAAUAAAGUUAAAUAAACAAUUGCAAUAUA